AUGAAGGGGAAAAUAAUUCUUAAAUGGAACGAUUCUGAAUGGAAUAAUAAGAAUAAUAUUCUCGCAGGAUAUUGGAUUCUCCAAACGAGUAAACACACUUACAUACACACACAUCCACGGGCAGAAUCAAUGCAUGCCCUGCAAAAGAGCAGUCGACACCCCCACAGUCAGCAGGUUUACUACAACACAAAUACAAGGAAUGAUGUCAGUGAAAACACUCAAACACAGGUUGCUAAUAAUGGCGAACACAAGCAUCAGGAUAUUGCUGCUCUUAGUGAGUAUCUUCCUCCCAACUCUUGGCCAAUCGGUCCUCCUUUGGAGACCAACCCUCUCAACGGAGGACAAGAGACUACGGUUCCACCCUUUCAGACAGAGAUGCCCUCUUUCUCAGCCAAUCUCGGCCCAAUUUCAUCGGUUGCUGCGGCUGCUUCUGCAGCUGCGGCCGCGGGGGCGGCAGCCGCUUCAAUGCCGGACUCGGAGGAGAUUGAUUAUACAUUUCCCUCCACCUCACAGAUCCAUACCACGAGUGAGCAAUCUAUGAAACCGCCGUACUCAUACAUUGCUCUAAUCAGCAUGGCCAUUGAUGCACAACCUGACAAGAUGGUAACGCUCAGCGGAAUCUAUCGUUUUAUCGCGGAGAGAUUUCCAUAUUAUCGUGAAAACAAGCAGGGCUGGCAAAACUCCAUUCGUCACAAUCUCAGCCUAAACGAUUGCUUCGUGAAGGUUCCACGCGACGAUAAGCGGCCUGGCAAGGGUGCCUUCUGGACCCUCCAUCCGGCGGCACAUGGAAUGUUUGAGAACGGCUCCUAUUUGCGUCGAAAGAGACGAUUUAAGACGAGUCACAAGGAGUCGCCUUUUGCAUCACCCGGUUCCAUCAGUGCUGAAAGCGGUCGAAAACGAUGUGCUGUAAAGACCGCUAAAAAGCAGAUUGAUAUCUCCUCACCAGUCACAGUGGUUGCCGACCCUAAUCAGGUUGCAUCCAAUCAGGAAGGCCAGAAUGUGGAAGACGCACAUUAUUACCCGCUGGCUUCCCUACAACGUUUUGGGGGAUUCCCAUUUCAUCAACCUACUUACCCUCUUUAUCAGAGCACCGAGGUGGAACCUAAGGAUGCGGAGCAGAAUGAAAACUCGGUAACCUACGACUGGAGCCCAGGUAGAGAAAGGGCUGUGGAGCGCGAGUAUGCUGCCCAAGCGAUCUUGCAAUCAGACGAACAGGUAAAGCUUCAGGCAUACACACCGCAGGUACUGCCCACCUUCCCACAGAUGACUAACAGCAGUGAUAUUAAAUUCUGGACAUCACGACAAAUUGCUGCUAGUGCCCAAUGCCUCGAUUGGUCCACCACCUGUCCCCACCCCCCAAGUGGAAUGUAUGCCUUUCAAUCCCCCUCCCACUAUUCACAACCCAGCGCCUGGGUCGGUGACACCGGCCUUAUUGAUCGCACCUACCUAAUGAUGUCAAGCCACUUUAGAAAUAGUGCUAUGCAAAUGCAGCAGCAUCGCCAUCAACAGCAUCCCUACCACCAGCAACAGCUAAGCCAGCAGCCACUGCCCGGGUGGUUCAACAUCGGUCAUGGAGCAGCGGUGACAGCACCCUACAACACCACCUCGCAUGACUCGUCAACAAGCCUUACUAGCACCUCACCCGACUCGAACCUGAUCACCACGCAAGGGGCCACGAUCGUGGCAGCAGAACUACCGCCGCUGCCGUUGAGCGCUUCAGACUACGCACCGACGCGCACCUACACUUACAGCGGUAGCAGCGGUGGCGGUGGCGAAGGUGAGGUGGCAAGAUUCACAAGUGAGGAUGAUGUCAGUGGAUACGCCCUGCCUCUGAAACCAGAACCAUGA